AUGACACCAAAACCUACUACAUCUUUAGAGAUGAUAAAUAACAACAAUAAUAAUACAAGUAGUAGUAGUAAGAAUGAAGAGAAUGGAUCAACACAACAACAACAACAACAGUCACCAAAGUUAAAUUCAAGUACUGAUAGUAGUAGUGGAGAUGAAGAAUUGAAACAAAUCUACAAGACAAAGAAACUAGAGUUUCAUGCAUUGGCACAAUCUAAAAAGUAUGAUCGAUCGUUGUUGGUCUUGGAAAAGAAAGGAUUGGUCAAGGAGAUAUCUGCCAAGUUUCAGACACCCGACACUGCAUCGUUUACAAAGAUCAACCCUCAUACACAUCAAUCGAUCGUCGAACGAAUCGCAUACCUCAAAAAGGAGAAUGAACGCAAAAAGGCAGACUUUGAAAUGACCCGUCGAGAGCGUGUCAUUCAACUAGACGACAUUGAAUUGUCAAGUACUCAAGAUGAACUACGUGAACGUCUCUAUGGUCGUAAAAAGGAUGAUGUCAUAACUGUUUCCUCUAUUCUCAAUUCCUCCUCUUCUACUUCUUCACCAAACAACACUACGAGUUCUACUACACCAUGGAAAAAGAAUGAUUCAGGUGAUUCAAAUGCUGCUGCUGCUGUAGUUAGUACAACUAUAAGUACUACUACUUCAAGUACUAGUACUACUUCUUCGUCAAAAGCAAGUAGUAAGAUUAUUGGUAGACGUAGACGUGAUGAUAAAUCAUUACCAUCGUUUAAAGAGGCAAAUACAUUUAAUCUACAAAACUAUUUAUCAGUGUCGCCUGUUGCGGUGGUGGCCAAACCCACUCUACCACCUCUUGCCAUUUCAUCCGACUGUAAACAAUAUCUCAAAAAUAUCAUCCUUUCCAACACUGGCAAGGAGAUUGUAUCCAUAGAACACUUUUCAUCAUCUACUCCUGAUCGUUCAAACAACCAAUCAUCCUCUUCUUCCUCUUCCAACUCUUCAUUCUUGUCUUCAUCACCACCAGUUGGUUCUUCUUCUUCUUCAUCGAUGAUGAUGAUGAAUACAACAACAGCACUUAGAAUGAAAGCUCUUCAAGCAUCUUUCCAAAUUCAAUUCAUCCUUCCAAAUCAAUCAUCAGUCUCUUUACCAUGUAAAGGAAAUGAAACAGUUGAAUCUGUCAAAGAGAAAUUAAUGCAAGUUUUGGAAUCACAACGUAUUCAACUUUCAAAACAACAACAACAACAAUCACAACAAUCACAACAAUCUCUAUCACCAGAUACAAAAGACAACAACAACAACAACAAUGGUACAGUUAAAAUUAAAAAAUUUGAAUCAGAUUCUUAUUUAAUUAUGGAUAUUGAAAAUCGUCCUUUGGAAAAAUCUCUUUCUCUUAACAAAUGUGAAUAUAUAUUAGAAAAAAGAGCAAGAUCAUUAAUACCAAAAUUAAAAUUGGUAGAAAAAUCAAAUUAUUAUGAUGCACAUCCAAAGGAGGAGUUGUCGGGAGCAGAUUAUGAAAUUAUAACAAAGAUUUUACCAAAAUCAACUAGUUGGAAAGGUGAAGAAGUAGAUUCGUUUAGAAGAGUUGCUGCAAGAUUAAGAUAUGAUCUGUUGGGUGAUAUCAAAGGUGCAGUUUGUCAUUCACUCUCUGUUAGACUUUCACCUUUACCUUUACCUUUUGUUCCUGGAAAAAUAUUAAUUUCUGUAUUUUUACCUAUACUUCAAGUUACUAAAACUUUAGAAUUGGAAAGCGGAGAAACAGCAGAUUUAUUUUUAGAAAGAUUAUUUUUUAAAAAUUAUUCAAAACAUUUACCAAAUGUAACAUCUAGUGAUUUUAUAUUAAAAGUAAUGGGAUGUUCAGAUUAUGUUCAUGGUCCUCAUGACCUUAAAACAUUUGAAUAUAUUCGUAAAUGUAUAUUACAAGGAACUAAAACUCAACUAGUAUUAAUUCAACGUCCAAAAAUUGAAUUGGAUGUUCCACCUUUUAAGCAAAGAUUUAAUUUUGCACCAGAAUUACCAAUUAAUUUUGAAGUUGGACAAUAUUCAUCAAAAUCAUUACAUUGGGAAGAUUUGACACAUAUAUUGAUUAGAGAUAUAAAGAAACCAUUAAAGAUUAAGGUUUUGGGUGCAUAUAAUAUUCCAACAUCCUAUUUAAACAAGGAUGAUGAUAAUAUCUCAGUCAUUGUAUCCAUGUCACUUUAUCAUGGUUUGGAAUGUUUGGGCCAAACAUCUACUGGCAUUGAACCAAUCAUCCCACCUUCAUUCUUUAAUAAUAAUAAUGUAUCAUUAAAUUCAUCAUCCUCUUCUUCUCCUCCUACUUUACUACAUACAAAUAGUAGUUUAUCUUUAAAAGAUCUAGAUACUAAUAAUAAUAAUCAAAAUAAUAACAAUACUAAUAAUAAUAAUGUACAAUCAAAUUCUUCACUAUCAUCAUCUACUUCAUCUACAAAUAUUUCAACACUUAAUGUUCAAUGGAAUGAACAGGUUAUUUUUACAAAUAUGGAUUAUUCCAAUUUACCAAAAGAGACUCGACUUUGCAUUAGUUUGUAUGCAACUAAAUCCUCUUCUUCCUCUACAACUUCAUCCUCAUCUUCAUCAUCUUCUUCUUCAUCGACUAAUAACAACAAUGAAAUGGAACCAGAUUUAAAGAAAGAUUUCCCAAUUGGAUGGGUUAACCUUACAUUGUGUGAUUACAACUAUCAACUUCGAAAUGGUAUACUAGAGUUAAAGUUGUGGCCAGAUGAUGUAGCCAAUCCAAUAGCAACGUGUGUUGCCAACUCUCAGAGCUCGACUGCCGUCUCGCUGUUUAUAGAGUUUGAGCAAUUUGCAUUGCCAGUCAUCUUUCCUUCCAUCAAUCAUCAUGUACCCAAUGUUGAACCACCUACCAUCAACUCAAAGGACAUGCGUGACUUUUUCGAGUAUGUUAUCAAACUCGAUCCAUUGUCAGAGAUGGCACACGAAAAGUACCAACAAUUGUGGGCACUUCGUCACUAUGCCAUGUUGUUCCCACAGGUACUUCCACGUCUCAUGCUCAGUGUACCAUGGAACAACCCAGCCUGUGUCGACGAGAUUCACUCGUUUAUUGACCGUUGGCCACGUCUCAAGGCGUACGAUGCACUCGAGCUACUCGACGCCAAACAUGCUGACAGAAACGUACGCGAGUAUGCUGUUAGCUGUCUCGAUGACUUGCCCGAAGAAGAGUUGCUCGACAUUUUACUACAACUCAUUCAGAUUCUAAAGGUCGAGCCGUACCAUGACAAUAUGUUGGCACGGUUCCUCCUCCGCAAGGCCAUUCUCAACCGCUCGAUUGGUCAUUCAUUCUUUUGGUACCUCAAGUCAGACUUGCAUGUCGAAGGUGUUGCUGAGCGAUUCGGACUUUACCUCGAGUCGUAUUUACACUCGUGUGGUACGCACCGUCAGGAGUUGCUGCGUCAAAUACAGGUGAUUGACGGAUUGACCGAAGUUGCCAAAAAGAUCAAACCUCUUAAAGACCAGGAUCGUCGCGAGGUGAUGAUCAGGGAACUCGAGGCAUUUGACUGGCCCAAGCGAUUCCAGAUCACACUCAACCCACGCUUUGAAUCAAACGGACUUAUCACGAGCAAGUGCAAGUAUAUGGAUUCAAAGAAACUACCACUUAAACUGUCGUUUACCAAUAUUGAUAUGGGUGCCGAACCCAUUGAAAUCAUCUUCAAGGUUGGUGACGAUUUGCGUCAAGACAUGUUGACACUACAAAUGAUCCGUUUGAUGGAUAAACUCUGGCAAAAGGAGGGACUCGAUCUCAAGCUCUCGCCAUACGGCUGUAUUGCUACUGGCGACAUGAUUGGCAUGAUCGAGGUCGUUCUCAACUCUGAAACAACCGCGCGUAUCCAAAAAACGGCUGGUGGCGCGACCGCCGCCUUUAAGCUCGACCCACUUGCCAACUGGCUGCACGAGCACAACAAGACCGACGCCGAGUACCAAAAGGCCGUCGACACGUUUAUCCUCUCGUGUGCCGGGUACUGUGUGGCCACCUAUGUGCUCGGUAUUGGUGAUCGUCACAACGACAAUCUCAUGUGCACCAAGUUGGGACGUCUCUUCCACAUUGAUUUUGGUCAUUUCCUUGGCAACUACAAGAAAAAGUUUGGAUUCAAAAGAGAACGUGCUCCAUUUGUCUUUACACCCGAUUUCUGUUAUGUCAUGGGUGGCAAGGAGAGUCCCAAGUUUGUACAGUUUGUAAACUAUUGCUGCACAGCCUACAACAUUCUCAGAAGACACGCCAAACUCUUUAUGAACCUCUUUGCCAUGAUGGUCUCUACAGGUAUCCCCGAACUUCAAUCCAUGGACGAUUUAAAUUAUCUUCAAGAAUCAUUCUCGUUGGAAUUGAGUGAUGAAAAGGCUCGUGAAAAAUUCAUUGGUCUAAUCCAUGAAAGUUUAACUACCAAAACAACUCAAGUUAAUAAUUAUGUUCAUUUAUUAGUUCAUUAA